GUUGCUCGACAUGGGUUUCCGGAUGAUCCGCGUUGUAUUGCAUAUGACCCGAUACAACGAUUAUUAGGAAUUGGGUCGGGACACGGAAGUGUUCGAGUGCUUGGUAACAUUGGAGUUGAUUAUUUUUUAAAGCAUGAAUUUGAUGCACCUGUCACACAUUUACAGUUUCUUAUCAAUGAGGGUGCAUUAGUGACAGUUUGCCGCGACGAUAUGGUUCAUUUAUGGAACUUUCGACAAAAGGUUCCUGAAAUCGUGCAUAGCGUACAAAUGAAUAAAGAGCGAAUCACUUCAAUAAAUGUACCAUUUCAAAGUAAAUGGUUACAUAUUGGUACUGAACGUGGUAAUGUUUACUUCGUAUGCGUAGCUACUUUUGCUUUGUCUACUUAUGUUAUCAACUGGAACAAAGCGAUCGAUUUAGCAUGUAGAACACAUCCUGGUGGCGUGCAAUCAAUCUCAACUUGUCCUGCUGAUUCUACUAAAAUCCUAAUUUUAUAUGAAAAAGGAGUCGUGGUCUUAUGGAACCUUGUAACAAAAGAGGCUGAACGGUUUCAAUGCGAACGAGUUAUUCGGUCAUUAAGUUGGCAUUAUGAUGGGCGUCAGUUUUUAUGUGGUUGUGCUGAUGGUUCACUUGUAAUAUGGAAUACAAAAAAACCAAGCGAAUUUCAACAAAAAUUAACACCGCAUGGUCAACGUUGUCGUUCAGUAAUUCAAGUUGAUUGGAUGCAUUUCUCUGAUGACGAGCACCUAAUGAUAUUUAGUGGAGGUAUACCUCAAGAUGAAGGGGCUAUGCCAUCCCUAACGAUACUUCGGUCCUCUGCAUCAGCAUCAGUUCUUGAAAUGGACUAUCCAUUGAUUCAAUUUGUCCCUCUUGUAAUGACGCCUUUUACUAAUGCACCGCAACAGCCAUUUGGAAUAGCUGCUUUAUUGAAAAAUGAUUUACUUGUGAUAGAUUUAUGUUCUCCAGGAUAUCCUUGUUUCGAAAAUAUCAAUCCAAUGGAUCUACACGAAUCACCAGUGACAUUUCUCAGAUAUUAUUCUGAUUGUCCAUUAGAUGUAAUUGGUGCGUUAACUUUGGUUGGCUGUAAACAAAGGCGUCAAGGGUAUAGCGAGAAGCCUUGGCCGAUCAGUGGUGGUACUAGUAGGGAAUGUGCUUCGAGCCAUCAAGAACUUCUGCUUACUGGCCAUGAAGAUGGUUCCGUGAAAUUUUGGCAAACUACAGGCGAAAAUCUUCAAGUUUUAUACAAGCUAAAAUCCGGACGCCAUUUUGAGCGUAGCGGUGCUGGUAACCAUGAAUUUUCAAAUGCUGUUGUUAAUAUCGAAUUGUGUCUAGAAUCGCGUUUAUUGCUAAUUGGUGGACAAAGUGGACAAGUCACACUCUUUCAUUUUGUAAAAACGGAAAGCGCUCAUGAAAUAGCGGUGAGAAAUUUGAAAGAUUUGAAAGAUUUAACCGACCCUUUUGUGAUUCAUAUCCCUUCUAGUAAUGUCAGUCUUUAUGAUGAGGAACCACACUGUUUUUCAAAUUCCGUUAAAGAAUUGAGGCGGCAGGGAAAAGCCAUUUCACAGGAAUCAAGCUAUAGUACAGAUACAAGCGAAGGAAGCAAUUACAGCGAUUAUUUUCCACUGAAAGUUCGUGGUGGUGCUCUAAGGAGGCCUGCUGGAUAUCAGCCGGAAUUAGUUUGUUUGAUUCCAUGGAGAAAUAGUGCCCAAUCGGAGGUUAUUACUUCAUUGGCUUUGAAUUCAGUAUAUGGCAUCAUUGCAAUAGGUAUUUUUUUAAAUUUUAACAUUAGUUUCAUCAGUUUUCAUUUUAUCUUCAUCCACUGUUCGCAUGCUUAA